GCAGGGCGAGUCUCUUCCACCUUCUCCCUAGUUUUACAGACACUCGAGUGUAUAUAACUGGCAUAAUCAAGAAGAGCUGCUCACCUGCUGGCCUUCUCCCUAGGUCUGGAGACAAAGAAAAUUACCUGAAGGUGAAGAGGGGAAAUCUGAGUCAAGAUUCUGGCCUCUCCGAUACUGGGUGGAUAGUGGCCUUAAGUCCAGGCCUGAGUCCACUCCAUUCUGCUCCAGAUCAGCUUCCACUGAGCCCUCUCACCUGGGACUGUCCGGCUUUCAAAAGACCCAGAGGGCAGGCUGGUGAGGUGGGCAUCAUGGUCCCUCCGAACAAGGACAACCAGGAGGACAUUUGUCCCAUCUGCCUGGAUCCCCUGAAGGAGGCUGUGAGCACCGACUGCAGACACCGCUUCUGCCGCACAUGCCUGACCCAGCACAUGGAUAAGGCCUCUGUGUCUGGGGCUCUCAGAUGCCCAGUCUGCAGGAAGCCCUGUUCUGAGGGAGUCCUUGGAGACUAUUACAUCUGCUGCAGCCACCAGAAGAAGGUGUGCAGGUUCUGUGAGGCAAGCAGACACCUCCUGUGCAUGGAAUGCCUCACAUCCCCUGAACACCAGUCCCACACUGAGCUCUCCAUCGAAAAUGCCAUCAGCCACUACAAGGAAAGACUCAACCGCAGAAGCAGAAGGCUCAGAAAGGACCUUGGGGACCUUCAACGGCUUAAGGCUCAGGAAGAGGAGACGCUGCAGGCUCUGCAGGUGGACUGGGGGCGUCACAGGCUAAGAACUAAGCUACAGAACCAAGACCACACCAAGGAGUGGCUGAAGGCCCUCCCUCGGCAUUGGCUGGACCAACAAGAGGACCUACCAGUGGAGGUGGCCAAGACCUCUACCUUCUCCGAGGCGGAAACACAGCUCAGCAUCCUGGUUUCUGGCCUGGAAAGGAUGGCUAAGGAACUGGAUGCCAGCACUCUGAAGGUGUAUUUCCUAAGGAUGCCAGUGACUUACUGGACAGCUCUCACUGAUGCCCUAACCACGGAUGCUUGGAUACAGUCUUCCUCUUAAGCCAGACUUGAGCUGUGGCUCUCACUGUUGUGGUCAGCAUUUCAGACCUCCACCAUGUCCUCCGCCACGUCCGGGGCCAUUUGCACAGUCUCCACAUAACCUGUGACCUGGUGGUGUCACCCACUGCCCCUGGUCUCAUUCGAGCAUCGAGGCAUCUGGAUGACACAGCAGAAUGACACCUCAGCAGAUGGAGCCCGGCAGGUUUAUUGGGGGUGAUAUUUCUUCUGAUUCUGAAGACUGGCUGAACCGCCCACACUGUUCAUUCAUUCUGACUGUGGCAGACAGACUCAAGGGCGAUUUUCACAGUUCUCAUGUUCAUGUACAUGUACAUGUGUAGCUUCUGUGUAACUCUGCAGUGUGAGUGGCAUCUGUGACUUGCUUCUCAUCGAAGGAAGACAGCAGAAGUGAUGGAGGUCACUGCAGUGACCACGUCUUCUUCCACCGGAGUCUUUCUUGCUAAUAGAAGCAUUCCAGAGACUCUUCUUGCCAAAGUUAGUGAUGCUGAGGGGAAAGACAUGUGGGCAGCUCCUAACUUCCCAGAGCAGCCUCCAUCUCCUAGCUGACAGGAAUCAGGGGCCUGGAUCUCACAGUUUUGAUAAAUUCUCCCAACGCCGUGAGUAGAGCUGGAAGUAGAUCCUACUGGGACCUGGAAGUGCCCCCGCUUCUCACUCUGCCCUGCCAUAGUUUCCAUAAAGACCCAAAAAUGGUAGAAAAAAAAUUCUCU